AUGGGCUUGGGCCACGGCUACGGGCCGUGGUCGUACACCUCGAUGAAGGAGCCGCAACUGAGCGCAGAGCUCGCGCGCGUCGCGGGCGCUAGUCUCGUGGGGGACACGUACUCGGUGUCCUUCCAGCCGUUCGCGUCCGCCGACAGCGAGAACGAGGACCGCUUCACGAUCAUAGAUCUCAAGGUCCAUGGUCGUCUCUGGCGCCUACGCGGGAUCUUCGACGGCCACAACGGUCCCCUCGUCUCCUCCUACAUCGCCAAUCACCUCCCCUCCCGAUUGCACCGCGCGCUCUCUGCCACCCACAAGCACGACCCCGUCUCCAUAUCCCAGACGAUCCGCACCAUCGUCACGCAGCUCGAUAAGUCGAUUAUCAGCUUCAUCCAGGAGCUCUUCCCCUCACAAGCGUACAUCACGCGCUUAUCCGACGAUGAGAUACACAAAAUCAUCAGGGAGGACGCCCGGCACGGUAGUGGGAGCGAUAGAUUGAUGCGUGGCAUCCAGGGAUCUACGUUACUGCUUUCCUUGGUCGAUCCGGAUGGGAAGAAUCUCUGGGUAGCGAGCUUGGGGGAUUGUCAAGCGGUGCUCCUGUCGCGUAUGGCGAAUGGCACUUGGGAGUCUGCGUUACUCAGCUCAUACCACAACGCGUCAAAUCCUACUGAGAUCGCGCGCUUACGCAAAGAACAUCCUGGCGAAGAGCGCGACGUCGUCUCGAAUAGCAGGGUGUUGGGUAUGAUUGCUGUUACGCGAAGUAUAGGCGAUCUGCCAUACAAACUGCCGGCGAUAUACACCUCACGAAUCUUCCCCCGAAUACACACCGACCACCCUCACGCGAUGACCGCCCAGCAACAACACAUUCUUCCCCUCCUCAAAACCCCUCCCUACCUCAGCAGCGACGCUGACGUCCGCCACGUCGACUUGACCGCGCGCAAAGCCACCUCGCAUUACCUUAUCCUUUACUCCGAUGGGCUACUGGACCUGUACAACAAUGAAUCCCCUGCGAGCGUCGCCACGCGCGUUGUACAGGUCGUCACCCAAGCCAUACGCUUCAAGAGCGAUCUGGCACUCGCAGUGCUGAUGGACGGGCUGGGGCACACGACGCCGAAGGCGGAGAGCCACCCGAAGAUUGAUAUGGACAAGGUGUCGCGGAUGAUGACGGUGGAGAUGACGGAGAAGUAUAUGGACGAUACGACGGUGUUGGUGGAGAAGAUUCGAUGA